GCUGCCCGCCAGUCGGCCGGCCGGCCAGCCAUGUCCUACCCUCAGGGCUACCUCUACCAGCCCCCGGGCUCGCUGGCCCUCUACUCCUGCCCGGCGUACGGGGCGUCGGCGCUGGCGGCGCCCAGGAGCGAGGAGCUGGCCAGGUCGUCUUCGGGCUCGGCGUUCAGCCCUUACCCGGGAUCCGCGGCGUUCACCGCCCAAGCGGCAGCCACCGGCUUCAGCAGCCCGCUCCAGUACUCCACCGACCCGGCCACGGGAUUCCCCUCCUACAUGGGCUCUCCUUACGAUGCCCACACGACGGGCAUGAGCGGGGCCAUCAGCUACCAUCCCUACGGCAGCCCAGCCUACCCCUACCAGCUGAACGACCCGGCUUAUCGCAAGAACGCCACGCGAGACGCCACGGCCACGCUGAAGGCCUGGCUGCAGGAGCACCGCAAGAACCCCUACCCGACCAAGGGCGAGAAGAUCAUGCUGGCCAUCAUCACCAAGAUGACCCUCACGCAGGUCUCCACCUGGUUCGCCAACGCCAGGAGGAGGCUCAAGAAGGAGAACAAGAUGACCUGGGCGCCCCGGAACAAGAGCGAGGACGAGGACGAGGACUUGGAAGGGGACGGCGGCGGCAUCCGGGCCAAGGAGGAGACGUCGUCGGACAAAGGGCGCGACAGCAACGAAACCUCGGCGGAGGAUGAAGGGAUCAGCUUGCAGGUGGACUCCCUCACUGACCACUCGUGCUCGGCCGAGUCGGACGGCGAAAAGGCCCCGUGCCGGGCCGGGCAGCCGCUCUGCGAGUCAGGCUCGGAAUGCAAGGACAAGUACCAGGAGAUCGACGACGAGGAGGAGGACGACGACGUGGAAGAGGAGGAGGAGGACGACGAAGACGACGACCGAGGUCUCCCCGCGAAGCCCGUCACCUCCUCCCCUCUCACCGGGGUGGAAGCCCCUCUCCUGGGCCACCCCCACGGGGAGGACUCCGCCAGGAACGCCAGCAAAGCCGCUUUGGACGCCCGGAUCCCGCCGUCGGCGUCGGCGCAGACCACCCCGGCCAACAAGCCCAAGCUCUGGUCGCUGGCAGAAAUCGCCACCUCGGACCUUAAGCACCCCCAUCACCACCACCCCCCCCAUCAUCCCCACCCCCACAGCCUGGGCUCGAGCUGCCCGCCGUCAUCAGCGGCCCCGCCGUCCUCCGCCCCGCACAACGCCGCUGCCUACUCGCCCUCUUCGCUCCUGGGGAGGCAUAUUUAUUACACGUCGCCUUUUUAUAGCAAUUACACAAACUAUGGGAACUUCAACGCCCUCCAGGGCCAGGGCAUCCUGAGGUACAACUCGGCCGCGGUGGCCUCGACAGAAGGACUAAACCAGACUGUCAUCAGUAGCGGCGGCGGCAGCGGCGUCUCAGCGCACAAGCAGAGCUCGGAGACCUCUUUGAAAACCAUCGCGAGCCACUUAGAACAACAUUACAAGCCCUCCAGCUCAGACUCCAAGAAAGACCCCACUGAAGUGUGCACAGUAGGAGUACAACCAUACCUAUAGAAGUGCAAUCACACAGCAGCCAGGCAAGUAGGUGUCACAAUUGCUUUGAGAAAAGUCAACAAGCCAUCAUCUCCCCAAGCUAAUCUAUCUAUAUCUAUAUCUCUAACAAAACUCUAAAUCCGGAUCACAUCUUGUGCCACUGUAUAAAAGAAGACCACAGAGCACUAUUAAAUCUACAGACUCUAAUUAUUAAAGCAGAAUUUUGUUGGACAUUAUGUGAGUUUGCUGAUAUAGUCUAGUUUCCCCCAAUGUAUGUGUGACUAAAAAAGAAAUGGAAAAAAAAGAAGCAAAUCUGUUUUUUCUCAGGAUAUCUGGAAUUGAUCACUUCAUUGCCACGGUAUAUAUAUCUAUAUCUAUAGAUA